CCCAUUGUCCAUCAGUGGUGGGAGGACGCGGAAGGGGAAGCUCUUAGCCCCGGGCGUAUAUAUGCGGUGUAUUUAGAGCCUGCUUUACGAGAUAGCUGUGUCCCCUUUGUUCUUUUUUGUUUUUGCAGCAUUUGAUACAGGCCACUUUUAUUAGGCAUCUCCUGGACUAUGAAUGUAUAUACAAGUGUGCGCGCGCAUGUGUAUGUUGGUGUCACUCCGCCAUUUACACGAUUUUAUAACAUUUCUGAGGUGUUUCAGUUGUAUGAGGAAUAACCUCUGCCAGCGAUCUCGCUGUUAUUGAUGGCCACGAACCUGUGGCACCCAUGCUUUUGACAGACAUACCCCAGAAUCCCACCCCUAACAGUUGGCAGACGUUGCAGCAGUACCUGAAGAUUAGUAAUGUGCGGGUCGACCUGAAACUCAAGGACACUGCAUGCAGGUGAUUGAUCUUCAUUUAAACAAACCCUUGUUUUUGUAGUUUGUGGCAAGUUUAUAACCUGUGUGUGAUGGCUACAGAUUCCGGAGAGCCCGCAAGUACAGAUGAAUCUGACAAACCAGCUGGCUUUUCAUUGCAAAAUAAUCUGAUCUCUCAGGAAGAUUCCUUAACCAAACAAGAAAGCAUGGAGGAAAGUGAUAAACCUUGCUCCUCUGCAGGGACCAGUGAAAAGAAACGUUUCUUCAGAAAAAGUGUAGAUAUUACAGAGGAUGACCGGAUGCUGGAACAGUCCCUGAAAGAUGAGAAAAGCACUGAUCCUCUGUGCCCGCAGCCAAUGGAGGCUCAUACAACAAAGGCAACUGGUACAGCACAGGAAUGCAAAAAUGAAGCCAAAGCUAAUUCAGAGGCCUGUAAAGACUCUCCUAGAGAGAAAAGUGAAAAGGAGAUGGAGGAAGAGGCUGAAAUGAAAGCCGUGGCUACUUCUCCAAGUGGCAGAUUUCUAAAGUUUGACAUUGAAUUGGGUCGUGGGGCCUUUAAGACAGUCUUCAAAGGACUUGACACAGAAACUUGGGUAGAAGUUGCCUGGUGUGAAUUGCAGGACAGGAAGUUAACCAAAGCAGAGCAGCAACGAUUCAAAGAAGAGGCCGAGAUGUUAAAGGGCCUUCAGCACCCAAACAUUGUGCGGUUUUAUGAUUCUUGGGAAUCUUCGCUGAAGGGAAAGAAAUGUAUCGUUUUGGUCACGGAGCUUAUGACAUCUGGCACUUUAAAAACGUAUUUGAAAAGAUUUAAGGUAAUGAAGCCGAAAGUACUACGGAGCUGGUGCCGGCAGAUCUUGAAAGGACUUCAGUUCCUGCACACCAGGACACCUCCCAUAAUCCACCGUGAUCUGAAAUGCGACAACAUUUUCAUCACUGGUCCCACAGGCUCUGUGAAGAUUGGGGACCUUGGUCUGGCCACCCUGAUGCGUACAUCAUUUGCAAAGAGUGUAAUUGGAACACCAGAAUUCAUGGCCCCAGAAAUGUAUGAAGAGCAUUACGACGAGUCAGUGGAUGUCUAUGCAUUUGGCAUGUGCAUGCUGGAAAUGGCUUCAUCAGAAUACCCAUACUCAGAAUGCCAGAAUGCAGCUCAGAUCUACCGCAAAGUAACCAGUGGAAUCAAACCUGCCAGUUUCAAUAAAGUGUCUGAUCCUGAAGUAAAGGAAAUAAUUGAAAGCUGCAUCCGUCAAAACAAGGUUGAAAGGUUAUCCAUAAAAGAGCUUCUUAAUCAUGCUUUCUUUGCGGAAGACACUGGUUUGCGAGUUGAACUUGCUGAAGAAGAUCAUGGUACAGAUUCCUCACUGGCCUUGAGGCUUUGGGUGGAAGAUCCUAAAAAGCUAAAAGGAAAACAUAAAGAUAAUGAAGCGAUUGAGUUCGGCUUCAGCUUAGAGACAGACAACCCUGAUGAGGUGGCAUGUGAAAUGGUGAAAUCUGGCUUUUUCCAUGAAAGUGACGGUAAAGCUGUGGCCAAAUCUAUUAGAGACCGAGUGUGUCUUAUCAAGAAAGCAAGAGAGAGGAGGUUGCUGACAGGGUAUUCUGAGGAUCGUCGUGAUUCACAUAGCAGAAUUGGGGGGGCACCACCUGCACGAGCUGCAGUGCCCAUUCCUGCAGUAUACCAGCAGCCAGCUGGACAUGAGAGUGAAGAAACUGAGGUAGAUCAGCAUGUACGCCAGCAACUACUGCAGCAGCAACAGCUCCAGCAGUGCUCUACAGUCACAGUUCCUGCUGACAAUCAGCCAGAAGCAGGGGCAGGAUCUGUCAUGCAUUCAGAUACUGCAAGCCAGCACAGUGCAGUCUUUACCGUGAGCCAUGAACAAUUAAGGUGCCAGCAAGUUUUUGUGGUGCCGCAGGCAGAAAGCAGUCAUGUGGGUCAAGUCUACCAGUCUCAGCAAGUAGUGGGGCAGCACCAACAAACACAGCAGUGCCUGGAUGCACAGAUGUCGUCAUUUGCUGCAAAUGGAAAUACUCUUCCUCAGAGUAACACAUUAAACCCUUUACUGUCCCCUAAAAUUGUACCUGGACAAAUAGCAUCACAGCAGGCAGGAGCUGGUAUGCAGCUAGAUGCUUGUGGCAUGACUGGAAUACAAAUUGUUACACCUGCUGCAACAGACACCCAAGUUCCUGCUCUUCUUCCUGUCUACCAUCCAGCUUUAAUGGUUCAGUAUAGCAGCAACAUUCAAAAUGUGCUGCAUCCAUCUCAGAAUGUCCAUGGGGCACCAGCUGAUCCUCAGCAGACACAACAUCCUGGAGCAUCUGUGCAGCAACCAAAAAUUCCUGCUGCAGAUACCUUAAAUUAUUCAGCAACAUUUCAGCCCAAUAUUCAGAUAGCACCUCAUAUAGAGCAGCUCCAAAGCUCUCAGCUUACUUACCAACCUUCACUGCCUCCACAGCAACUCAUAAUGCAGCCUGCCUUAAUGGAACAACCCCCAAAUCAAAAGUAUUCUGAUGCUGUUAAAGUUGAAGCUGUUCAACAACAACUGCGUAUGGAACACCAAUCAGAACAGAUGGUAUUCAAUGCACAGACAUCAUCCCUAGAUGGUGAGAUGUCAUCAUUUGAACUGUCUGGCCAUUUACAGCAAUCCCUCACCUCUAAUGUGCAUGAGCAGUGUUCAUAUACCCAACCUCCAUUACCCCACCUUGGAGUGCAACAACUUUCUCGAGAUGUUGAACAAGCGUCAAAAACAAUCCUGAACAAUCCUCCGGAGCAGCCACUAUACAUUCAGAUUCCUCCACUGGAAACCUAUGGACAGCAGUCUGUUGUUGUAUCUGAUCAGAAAGUUAUUCCAUCAGAUCAGCCAUUAUUUAACGAGGUUACUUCUCACUUCACUAAUCAGUCAGUGUAUACCCAACAGACUAUGCAGACUUCAAACCAACAUAGUUUUGUGCAACAAGCUAUACAAAUGUCUGAAGAGUUAAAAUAUACCCAUCCUGCUUUAGCAACUCCUGACCAGAUUUUGUACACCGAAAAACAUGUAUCAUCGGCAGAGCAGCCAGUGUUUGUACAGCAGGUUGUCUCAACUGAACAACAAGCAUACACACAGCAGGUUAUAUCUACUGAGCAGAAAAACACCACAAAGCCAGCUAUGCCUGCAGAACAGUCAUUGUACACCCAACAAGCUGUUUCAGCAGAACAGCCAGUGUAUACUCGGCAAGUUAUUCAAUCAGACCAACCAAUAUAUGCUCAGCAGCCAGUGUAUGCACAGCAAGGUAUUCCAGCUCAGCACCAAGUGUACACACAACAAGGCAAUCUAGCUGAGCCACUAAUAUACACACAAAUGACUAUUCAAACUGACCAGCCAGUGUACACACAGCAAGCUGUAAUUAAGAUGGAUCAAACAGGAUACCCCCAACGUGCUGAGCAAAAAGUACUUGUGCUUCAAGCAGACCAGGCGGUAUAUGCACCACAAGAACAGCCAAUCCAAGCACAGCAAGCUGUUCAUCUGAAAGACCAAUCAUAUUAUCCACAGCAAACCGUACCUCAUAUUCAACAGGCAGCAUCUGUUUAUCAAACACAAUAUCCACAGUCUGCUGAGCAGUCGGUAUGCUUACAGCAAACUGUAUCUGCUGGGCAGCCAGGAUAUCCACAGCAAGCUUUGUCUGCUGAGCAACCACUAUAUAUCCAGCAAACAGUGUCUGCUGGGCAGCAAGUAUAUACACAUCAGUCUGUAUCCACUGAGCAGCCACUAUAUACACCACACAUUAUCCACACUGAUAAACAGAUAUAUACACAGCAAACUCGACCUGCUGAGCAGAGUGUGUACACUCAGCAAAUCUUAUCAACUGAGAAACCAAUGUACUCGCAGCAGGGUUUAUCAGCUGAGUAUCCAGUGUAUACACAUCAAGCAGCAGCACUGACUGAACACCCAAUAUACAUUCAACAAGUCCUUCAGCCUGCAGAACACUCUGCAUAUGCUUUACAAACUUUACCACCCUUAGACAGACCUGUAUACCAACAAGUAUCCACUUUGCUCUCGGACCAUCAUGUGAACAUCCAGCCAAUUGCACCAGCUCCUACUCAAGUUCUGUACACGCAAGAGGCAUUUAUACCUACAGAAAAGCAGGCAUAUAACUUACAAGCUGACAGCACAAUUUAUAUUCAGCCCGUUGCUGGUUCUUCCCAGCAGGUACCUGAACAACCAGUCCCUAUCGAUCAGUCAGUAUAUAACCAGCAAGCUUCACAUAUGUCAUAUCCUCAGCAUGCAGUAUCUUUAUCUGAGAUACAAAUGUAUGCAAGUAAGACAGUAACUGCAAGUCCUCAGCCUGUGUAUGUAGUAUCACCAGCAGAACAAGUAUAUAUGCAGCAGACAGGUGAUCUUCCUGACCAACAACGGUAUGCCAAUAAGACUGUCCUUCAGUCUGACACAUCGGUUUAUAGCUCUCAAACAGUAGUGCCAGCACAACAUCCUGUUUACGCACAGCAUGCAGUGACAACUUCAGAAAAGUCUGUGCAGUACCCCCAGAAUGUGGAACCCGUUCCUCAGCAGACCACUCUGAAUGCUUCUAAUGGGCUGUGGUGUGUUCAAAAUUCACUGCCUCUUUUGGAGCAGAGAGCUUACAGUCUGCAUCCUGCACCAUCUGGAGUGCCAUCAGUUUGUGCUCAGCAGAUGGUUCCCCCCGAACAGCAGGUAAACCCAAAUUUGCAGUCUAAUAUUAUGCCACCCCAAGAGUUUAGGUCAGAGCAGCUCUCUGAAAAUCAGUUGUAUGCAAAACAGCACAUUGAGUCUCCAAGUCCAGUUUCAUUAAUGAUGCAGUCAGAAGAGCAUGGCCAAAGUCACCCACCUCCUUCUUUACAGGCUGCAGACAAUCAAAGCUAUGCAACAUCUGCUAGGAAGCAAGGACAAGUGUUGCUACAGCCUGAUUUGAACAAACCUUUUCUGCUCCAACAUCAAGCCUUAACUCAAUUACCAUUAGGUCUGUCUGAUGAUCAUCCAUCAGAUCAGGAUCAUGUUUCCUCAGUCCAAAAAACUGCAUUGCUUUCACAGGAUCCUCUGACCCAGCCAUCACAAGGUCCCGUACAUAGCUAUGAACCUCAACCUUUUGUGCAGCCACAGUAUAUGCCAGGAAUUGCACAUCAACAAGCUCAAAGUAAUUUGCAGUUUCAACAAAUGCAACCUUUGUCAAGUCAAACCCAGUUUACAUUCAUUGAGCAACCAACAUCUGUUACACAUAUGCAGCAACAUCCCCCUGUCCAGGUAGCUGGGCCAGAUAAUCCUCAAACACAUUCAGGAUCUAUGCCUCUGCAGCUAAUUUCACCUGGAUAUGCUUCGCAGCCUGUUUCACAACAGGUGUGGCCAUCUUCAACUCUAAUCACUGCAGAAUCCAUGUUACAGCAUCAGGAUGUUUACCAAAGUGUGAUGAUGGCACCACAGACUCCGUACACAGAGCCUGAGUCAAAACAGAGUUUGCAGUCUGUAUGCCAAGCAGGGGCACCUGAGGAGCAUGUGUCUCAGAAACAAGAUUCUGUUCAAAGCAGUGAUCAUGACUGUGCCAAAGACAGCCCAGGUGCACACGACAACACAGCUGGAAAUGGCAAGCUAGAUAAAAUUAAACAACGUCGAGCUUCCUGUCCCCAGCCUGAAAAAAUAGCCAGAUUUAUCCUUACUGUUAUGCAGGUGUCAACCUCUGGAGAUAACAUGGUCGAGUGCCAGCUGGAAACUCAUAACAAUAAGAUGGUGACUUUUAAAUUUGAUGCAGAUGGUGAUGCUCCUGAAGAUAUUGUCCAUUAUAUGGUGGAAGAUAACUUUGUGCUGGAAGUUGAGAAAGAGAAGUUUGUCGAGGAACUUAGGAAUAUAGUUAUACAGGCCCAGGAGAUGCUGCACAGCAUACCCCCUGAAGAGAGAAUGGAGUCUGUACAGCCAGACGCUAACAGCCAGACUGGAUCCUACGAUCAUGUGCAGAUGGGUGUGCCAACAUACCAACAAACAGGGGGUGAAUCAGUGCCACAGUCCUCCCCAGUUGGGCGCUGGAGGUUUUUCAUCAACCAGACCAUAAGGAACCGGGAAUCUCAGUCCUCCUCUGUUUCACAGUCUGCCGUGUUCAAGGUUCCUCAUCUAGAACCAAUAGAUAAUGAACAAGUGAAUCAAAGUCUGGCUAAGGAUUCUUCAACAGACAGCUGUUCUGCUCUUAGAUCUGAGCAUACAUUGCAGACUGUUCUCCAUCAGCCAACAGAUGGCCAUGCUUUCCCUGCUGAGCCUGAGCCUUCGGCCCUCCCUGCUUAUGCGGCAGUUGGAAGUGAAAUGUUAUCAUCUUCAUUGAACUGUGCUGCCUCAACAGCAGGGCAGAUUAAUUUAGAAUCUAGGAACUCUGAUGGUAAUAUACUUGUACUGGCAGAGAGCCAGUCGUCAGAUAUACCCUUAACUCUUGCUCAGGAAGUCCAAGGAGCAAAUGGCAUGGUUUACACAACUGAGACUUCUACUGGACACAUAAUGGCGCAAAGCACUACAGCCUUGUCACUUGGCCUAUGUAUGUCAGAACCUCUGUAUCCAGUAGAUACGACUGUGUUGUCUGAAACACCCAUCUCAGAGGCUUCCUUAGGACACUCUACAUCAGUGCAAGAGUCUGACACUGAAGGACCCCCCAAAAUAGACUAUGCAGAUAAUCACAUCAAAACAUUGGAUGAGAAGUUAAGAACUUUGUUAUAUCAGGACAGCUGUGCCAGCUCUUAUGCUGACAGCCUAAAGGAGACACAGAGUACUGAAUCUCCCAUAUCGUCAUCUGCUGAGGAUACUCUGUCUUGCCCUGUCCCUGAAGCCCUCGAUGUGAAUUCCACCAGUGUGCAGGCCACUCCAGAGGAAAUGGAAGCUAAUGACGCUACUGUGUCAAGAGAUCCGGAAGCAGUCAUCACAGUACCUGGUGAACUAACACCAUCUGAGAGUUCCGAAGAUGCCUGGGUUCCUGGAAGUUCCUCCCAUACUUGUCCCAAGCUCCCUAUGGGUACUGGAGCCACGCAUCUGCAAUCAGGAGGUGGAUAUUUUGGCCUAAGCUUUACUUGUCCUAGUCUCAAAAAUCCCAUUAGCAAGAAACCGUGGGCUCGCAAAUUAAAAAGCUGGGCAUGCAGAUUGCGGCAUUCCAACAGCUUAUUCAAGAGGUCAAGAGUCCGCCAAGUUGAAGAGGAGGGAGUGAGACUGGACAUAGAUGCCACACAAAGGGUUGUUGAAGCAUUUGCUGAAUGUGCCUUGUCAGAAGGGUCACCAUCUAGAACUGGUGCCUUCAAACGUGGUCGUUUCAAGGUUGUUUCUGUUCCACAGCAAGAGCAGCCCCCCGAAAGUGAAUCAGCUGGUGCUCCAUCACACUGCUAUUACCCAGAUAAUCCACUUUUACAAGAGACUGAAUCUGGUAACACAAAAGCAAAAGACACUCCGCAGUCUAUCAGCACUGCAUGUGAGACUGAAGCUUCAUCUCUCACACCUGAUAGAGAACUGGAUGAAACCUCAGCUAAUGGCAGUAGUGCUCAGUCAAGUUCAGCUGUGUGCAUAAACGAUAUCAGGAAGCCGAGCAGCUGUAAAAAACAGCCAAGAAGUGAUUCUGAACCUGAAUCUGCUACUCCAGGCAGGCCCCUGGAUAUCAAAGGGAGAGAAAAAGAUGUGGGACAGCAGGGGGAGAAAGUGUAUAACCGGAAGCAGAACUCCUUCGUCUACUCGCCUUCUUCCCCCAUGAGCAGUGAUGAUGAGUCAGAGUUAGAAGAUGAAGAUUUGAAAGUGGAACUUCAGAAGCUGCGAGAAAAACACAUUCAGGAGGUUGUGAGUCUUCAAGCCCAGCAAAACGGAGAACUCCAAGAGCUGUACGCCCGCUUGAAGCCUUUAAGGGAAAGCAAAGCACAGUCUACAGAUACCUCUUCGCAGCCAUUAUCCCCUCGACGCCCCAGAUCUCUAAAGAGUAAAAUGCGCAGCAGGCCCCAGUCUCUAACUCACAUGGACAAUGGGAUUGGGCUUUCAGACCACCAGUGCAGCGAGAGCAAUUCUGAUGCUUGCCAACAGUCCUUGUCAGAGAAGAAGAGCAUGUUUACCGAUGACUUUCAUAAGCUGGUGGAUGACUGGGCAAAGGAAAAUGCUGGCAACUCUGUUUUGAAACCCAGUCUGAAUCAGAUCAAACAGACUAAGAGUCGCCUGGAGUCUGAUAACUGGGGUCGGACCCAUGAGAGUACAAUAGCCACAUCAGGCUAUUCAUCCACAUGGAUCCCUCCAUUGUCUCAGAUUCAUGGGUCUUUGCCAGCUGCUGUCUCUCAGUCUCUUGUGCUCACCAACUUUACAGCUGGGACAACGCCAGCAUACUCUGUGCCGCCAACCUGCCAGUUCACAGGAGUGAGCAGUAGUGGUUAUCCUGUACAAUGGUCUGUCCAAGCACCAGUUGUCCAGCCACAACAUCUCACAGCAUACCAGCCUGGCAUUGGAGUUCAAGCUUUUGCAGCCUCAACUGCUCAGAAGGCAACUGCAAUCCCAACAUCUCCAAAAUGAUGUCCAUGAUGCAGACCUUAGACUUUUCUUUGGAAUGUUCCCUUAGUUCCUCUUGACUAAAGAAACUGCCCAUGCCCUACUUUUGUUUGCUUGUUUGUUUACAUCUGUUGGAAGAGUUACUUGGGUGUGCAGGCUUUUUGAAGUAUGUUUAUACAUUCUUCCAAAGGUCCGUCUAUCUCCAUUCAACAUAUUUAAACGGUGUAGGUUAUUUCAAUAUCUUCACCAAAUGCUAGUUAUUUUUACUUAACAAUAUGUUUAGUUUUUUUAUUCUUAAUAGGGAUAAAAAGACAACACCUCAUAAGGCAGUUAAAUGUGCCAUACGGGCCAAUGAGUGUGUUCCAACCCAAGCAAGCCGUUGGAAGAUAUUCAGGGCAGAUCUGUACUGAAUGUGACUGCAUUUUCAAAGUACCUCACAAGCAUCUAUCAUAAGGUUACGCACAACACAACCAACCAUAUUAUUCCGUUGCUAUAUAUCAUUGCUGAAAUGAGCAGCAGGCCCAGGCUGGCAAUCUGUGGGGCUGCUGUACGAUCCCAUAGACAGUCACUAUUUAUUGGGCCUUUGUGUACUUGAAAUGUUGGACCCUAUUUAGAAUUCCAGUCCAAACCUGAUGAGCAGCUUGCUCACAAAUCUUUAAAAUGGUUUGUUUUUUAUGGCAGUUAUACCAUUUUGGGUGGUAAGUCCCUAAAUUUUCAGGUGUGCAGUUCUGCAUUUUUGUAGCAGAAAGUCAACCCUGACUACUUCCAGAUGUUUUUCCCCAUUUGUUUAACACAAACCUGAGAUGACAGUUCUACUUUUGUGAUUGUUUUUUCUGUAUUUAAGAUCUCCCUACAGUGGCUUGGCCCUCUUACAUAUAAACUGAAGGAGGAUACAUGCCCUCUCCACCAUGUUUUUGGCCUUACUCUUGAGCAGAGAACACACCCCAUUGCCUUUCCAACUGUCUUCUGAUUUAUCCCAAUAAUACUUUUAACAAAGGAGUCUUUUUUUUCAUAUCUGUCUUUUUGCACAAGUGCUGCUUCUGCUCUGCCCACAGACUCUUGCUGUGCCUUUGGAGGGUAUUGUACAUUCUGCCAUUGUUGAAAUCGGCCCUUGGCAAAUUUGUAUGUUGGUGUGUUCAUGCCAUCUCACAAACUGAGGAAUUUUUAUUGUUUAGUUCGUUGUAGAUAAGGUUUUAUACUUGAAUUUUCCGUGUGUGAUUUUUGUUUUUA